CAUUCUCAAUUACGUUGCCUGGCGUACCAACAGUCAACAGCGAUUGAGCGGUGAAGCACACGAUCUUGCUUUUACCGACACUUUUGACUAGCGGUUUAUUUUGAAAGUCGAUCAUGUCGGUGAAUUACGCCGCCGAUCUCUCUCCGUAUGCGGAUAAAGGUAUCUGCGGUCUCCCUGAGAUAUUUGACAGCCCAGAGGAGUUAAAGACUAAAGUCGAGACUUUGGUCCAGUGGAUCAGGGACUCUCAGUACAUGGUCAUACAUUCAGGGGCUGGAAUCAGCACCUCAACAGGGAUCCCAGACUUCAGAGGUCCUAAUGGAGUGUGGACGAUGGAGGAGAGAGGAGAGACGCCUCACUUCAACACCACAUUUGAGGACGCACGUCCGAGUCUCACCCACUUGGCCCUGCUGCAGCUCCAGAGAGCUGGACAUCUCAAAUACCUCAUCAGUCAGAACGUGGACGGCCUUCACUUGCGCUCCGGAUUUCCCAGGGAUCGACUCUCAGAACUUCACGGGAACAUGUUUGUUGAAGAAUGUGAGAAAUGUGGCAAACAAUACGUUCGGGACACAGUAAUUGGAGUGAUGGGACUGAAGCCAACCGGACGCUACUGUGAUGUCACACGUUCCAGGGGACUCAGAUCCUGCAGAGGCAAACUGAUCAGCACUAUAUUGGACUGGGAGGACUCGCUGCCUGACAGAGACCUCAACAGAGCAGAAGAAGCGUGCAGGCGAGCAGACCUGGCCUUGACGUUGGGUACUUCUCUGCAAAUUAAACCUAGUGGAGAUCUGCCUCUGUUAACCAAACGCACUGGAGGGAAAGUGGUUAUAGUCAACCUUCAGACUACCAAACACGACAAGCAUGCACACCUGCGUAUCUACGGCUACGUCGAUGAAGUCAUGGGUCAGAUGAUGAAACUUCUGGAAUUGGAGAUUCCUGAUUGGACGGGGCCGACGCUGUGCGAGACUUCAGGUGGAGACCUGGACAUCCUUCCAUUUGGAGCUUGGAAAAAGGAGGUCAAGAUUGAGCUGAAGAUAGAAGAAAAUAAAGACGCAGUCCCGAAGACAAGAAAGAAGAGAAAGGCGGACAGCGAGAGAAAUGUGGAGAAGGAUGUUAAGGUAGAAAAAGAGGUGAAAAAAGAGGACAAAGAAGCAACAUCAGCAAAGAAACAUAAAGAUGAUGUCUCCAGUGACUCUAUACCAAUCAAGACACAGAACUUGCGUUCUUUAAACGGCUCCUCCCACAAUUCUCUCUGUUUUUCUGAUGUAAAUAGCACAGUAACGGAACCUUCAGAUGAAAAUAAAAACACAGACGAGUGCUCUUCAUAGAGAACACUGACAAAAGCUGAAUAACAACACUCAGACCACCACUGGCUCUUCUGUCGUUUCAAAUCUCCUGCAUAAUUUGCUUCCAAACACACCUGAACCAGCUUUCUUCUUAAUAAAACAUCAUGCUCAUGUUUA